AAAUUUCUCCUCCAUUCAGUCUUCACACCCUACCCAAAAAUCAAAAGGCGCCAUUCCACUUUUGACUAUUGACCUGGACCUUCUCGUCUUCUUUCCAGAAGCAACGCAGAUUCCCUUGUUCUUUCAUUCAUCUACUCGACUCCUGUUCCUUCCUUUAUCCGAUCAAUACAUCUGUUGCCUACAGCUGCUUCUUCUUGCUUCUGUAUAUACAAAUACUGGUAUCAGUUAUUUGUAAUCUAUGUUAUUAUUAUUUAUAAAAAGAAUAUAAUUUUUUUUUUUUUUUUAAAUUUUAUUUAAUUGAUUGGUAUGGAGGCAUCAGCCGCAGCAACACCAACCUUCCAAAUCCAAAGUGCAGUAAACGUGCUCUCAUCUUUCAGCGCUCGCAGGCGCAGCCCCACCUUCAUCCCUUUUCCCUCCCCCAACCCUAAACCUAGACACCCUCUCUUCCACAGUCGCCGCUGUUGCUGCUCCACCAAACCAGAUGUUGGCAGUGACACUGGCAAUUAUGCUGCUUCUUCUGCUUCUUCUUCCCCUCUUUCUAAUUCAAAUACUCAUCUAGAACCUUCCCCCGACUCCCACACCCCCUCUUCCUCUCACGGCCUCGUCUUUCAUGUCGGCCCCACUCCAUCAUGGGACUGUCUGGAUAUUGGAUCGCCUGUUGUCAAACGUUACCUCAGCGAUGACCAGGAGCGCUGGUACUUGUGGUACCAUGGUGCCACCAAUGCUGUCGAUUCGAUCGGACUGGCCAUCUCCAGCAAUGGCAUCCACUGGGAGAGAGGCUCCGGACCCGCCCGUUCCAGCAGCGACAUGGGUCAGGUCAUGCAAUGCAGCAGGGAUUGGUGGGCUUUCGACACCUACAGCAUCAGGCCUUCCGAGGUCCUCAUCAUGUCCAGCUCCAAGGUCAGAGCUGCCACCGCUGUUUAUUGGCUCUACUACACUGGGUUUAGUUCGGAGAAGGUGGUCCAACUAUCCGAUGCUUCUCUACCUCUGAGGUUCCCCAUACAAAACCCAGAAAAGUCAAUUCCCACUCAUGCCUUCUUCAGGUCCUUGCCAGGUCUGGCAAUUAGUCAAGAUGGCCGGCAUUGGGCCAGAAUUGAAGGUGAACAUCACAGUGGCGCACUAUUUGAUGUGGGUGCUGAUGGGGACUGGGACUCUCUGUUCAUCUCCAGCCCUCAGGUUGUUUAUCACACCCUGGGUGAUCUUCGGAUGUAUUACCAUUCAUUUGACAUGGAAUGCCAAUGUUUCACCAUUGGGAUUGCAAGGUCGAGAGAUGGAAUCAGGUGGGUGAAGUUGGGAAAGAUCAUGGGUGGUGGGGCAGUUGGUUCUUUUGAUGAGGCUGGUGUUAUGAAUGGACACGUGGUACUGAAGAAAGAUGGGGGGUAUGUGAUGGCAUAUGAAGCAGUCGCAGCAGAUGGGCAGAGGAGUAUCGGACUGGUGGAGUCUCCAGACGGGUUAAAAUCUUGGAAGAGGAUCCAUGAUGGAGCAGUUCUAUUGCCAUUGAUGGAAGAAGAUGGAUGGGAUAACAAAGGAGUCGGUUCUCCAUGUUUGGUUCCAAUGGAUGGAGAUGAUGAGUGGAGGCUGUAUUACAGAGGUAUGUGCAAGGAGGGGAGGACAGGGAUUGGAAUGGCAGUUUCUGAAGGUGGUGGGACUUGGAGUUUUAAAAGAUGGGCGGGGUUUCAUUUGUAAGAUUGCAGCAAUGUAGGUGGAUGAACUAGCAACAUUUCAUGUUACUAGUUGUGAGGAGAAGCCAACUUCAAUUGAAGUGGCAAUACUUGCCAACUUUGAAUUGCAAUGGUGGUUAGAUGUCUAACCCAUUUCUUGUCUUAUAUCUGAUGAACCGUGGCCCCAAUCCUCACCUUUGCUCAAACCCAAACUCAGCCAACCACCAAAAUUAGCUGAAUUAACUUAUCCUAAUCAUGCCCCCUAAUCAAGUACUUGGAAUGUAAAUCUUCACAACAUUGCAUUUCUCUUGUCGGUUCUGGAACAAGGUAUGUAUUAUCUUGUCCUUCACUUAAUAAAAAUGGAAGUCACAUUCCCUUCUACAAUCAAUUUAAUGGAAUGGACUGCUGUAUAAUUAAUAUA